AUGGUCAUGGAGGAAGACACGGAUAUCAAACUAAAAACGCGGUUUCUAGGCCAAGUUCUAGUGCUAUACGCUCGUCCUCCUCUUCAAAUAGAAAGCUUCUUUUCAUUGUUGAAAGAAGCUUGCCAGCAACCACCAUCUCAUCCAAUAACUGUCAAAUGGAUCGAUGAAGAUGGCGACCCUGUUUCGAUUGAUAGUCAACGAGAACUGGACGAAGCGGUUCGUAUAUUGCAGCAGAGUGGUGAUGCUGAACUGAAUAUUCACGUGUUUCUCGGUCAACCUGCUCUACCAGGUCUUCCAUGUGAAGGAGAGGACAGAAAUGUGUAUCGUAGAGGAGCCCGUCGGUGGAAGAAAAUUUACCUAUUCAAUGGGCAUCGAUUUCAAGCAAAGCGUCUCAAUAGGAGGAUCCAGUGUUUCAUUUGUAACGAUUACAUAUGGGGAAUUGGUCGCCAGGGAUAUAGAUGUGCAGACUGUCGUCUUUGCGUUCACAAGAAGUGUCAUCGGCUAGUCAGAACGUCCUGCGGGCAGGCUUUGUCACCAUCGAUAACGCCUUCGCAACAAAACAGCGCUUACCCUGCAAGUGCCUAUCACGGUGGAUCUCAGAACGGUGGAGAAAAAGCCUCAUUUACCGGACUCGAUAACGGAGCUUUUCAAGAAGCAGAAGUGGAUUUGUCCGUUCAACCAUCUUGUGCACCUGCGACUACGGAAGGCUCAUUACCCAGUAAAUGGUCCGUUUCACUGAGUGACUUCCGUCUUCUCACUGUUAUCGGUCGUGGCUCUUAUGCGAAGGUGGUGCAAGCGGAACACAUAAAAACGAAAGAAAUUUAUGCCAUAAAGAUAAUCAAAAAACAAAUGUUCAAUGAAGAUGAGGACAUUGAUUGGGUGCAAACGGAAAAAUCAGUGUUCGAAGCCGCUUCGAACUAUCCUUUCCUAGUAGGGCUGCACUCUUGUUUUCAGACCGAAUCACGACUCUUCUUUGUCAUUGAGUUUGUACCUGGUGGAGAUUUGAUGUUUCACAUGCAGCGUCAGCGUAAACUUCCUGAAGACCAUGCACGAUUCUACUCGUGUGAAAUCAUCCUGGCUCUACACUUCCUUCAUUCCCGUGGCAUCAUUUAUCGUGAUUUGAAGCUCGACAAUGUGUUGAUUGAUGCAGAAGGGCACGUAAAGCUCACAGAUUACGGAAUGUGUAAGGAGAACAUAGGGCCAGGAGAUGUCACGUCUACGUUCUGCGGCACACCAAACUACAUUGCACCGGAAAUCCUUCGGGGUGAAGACUACGGUUUCAGUGUCGAUUGGUGGGCUCUUGGUGUGCUCAUUACGAAAUUGAUGGCUGCGUCGAUUAUUCUUGAGAAACAGAUCAGGAUACCUCGCAGUUUAUCCGUCAAAGCUGCUUCAGUGCUAAAGCAGUUCUUGAAUAAGUUGGAACAGAGGCAAGUUGCACCUCCCUAUAAUCCGUCCGUGGAGAAUGAUCGCGAUCUUCAACACUUCGACACCCAGUUCACAGAUGAGGCUCCAAAUUUGACUCCUGAUGACCCGAACGUCAUCGCCAAAAUUGACCAAAGCGAGUUCGAUGGAUUUGAAUAUGUGAAUCCAUUGCAAAUGAGCAAAGAAGACGCUGUGUAG